CCGUAGCACAGACAGGGCGCCCCGAUUUCCGAAAGUUCAGUUGUACACCAAGCCCAUUGACCUUUGACGACUCAGCACACAAGCUGAGAGCCUCGUCAACGACGUCGAGCAAUCAUGGGCCUCGCCGCUGCCAAGAACAAGCGCAAACUGGGAACCGACCCCAACAACACGAAAUGGUCCCGUAACGAAACCACUUUUGGCCAAAAAAUCCUCCGCGCCCAAGGUUGGCAGCCCGGCGAGUUUCUGGGCGCCAAAGAUGCUGCGCAUGCCGUACAUCACACGGAAGCCAGCUCGUCACACAUCAAGGUCACGCUCAAGGACGACAACCUCGGUCUCGGCGCGAAACGAAACAAUGGCGACGAGUGCACCGGCCUCUUUGAUUUUCAACAUCUCCUCGGGCGACUGAACGGCAAGAGCGAGGAUGUUCUGGAAGCCGAAAAACAGAAGCGCGAGAAUCACAUCCGCAACCACUAUCUGGAACAAAAGAUUGGAACGAUCCGCUUUGUCAGAGGCGGCUGGUUGGUUGGUGACGUGGUCAAGGAAAAAGUGACGGAAGAGGACGGCGUACCACAGAGCGAUACUGUCGACCAACAAGUGGAGACAGUUCCCUCUCAGGACACCAAGGACGCCGAGCCCACAAAACGCAAAUCCAAGAAGAGGAAGGCGGACAGCGACGAGGAAGACGAGAAGGAAGAAAAGAAGGACAAGAAAGUGAAGAAGCGGAAGACCGACACCGAAGCCGAAACAGACAGCGAGUCCUCCAGGUCAAAGAAGAAGGAGAAGAAGGACAAAAAAGAGAAGAAAGACCAGAAAGAAAAGAAGGACAAGAAGGACAAGAGGAAGCUGAAAGACGCGAAACAGUCUGAAGAGAGCUCUUCAGAUGACCUAGAGUCGUCUGCUACGGAGACCAAGAAGUCGAAAAAGGACAAGAAGAAAGAGAAGAAAGAGAAGAAAGACAAGAAGAAGGAUAAGAAAGAGAAGAAGCGCAAGGAAAAGGAGCUAUCAGACUCUGCCACAGAAAGUGAAGACAGCAAAUCGAAAGCUCAGAAGAGGACGAAAGACGGUGCUGAAAUAGAGACGAGCACACCAGGUGGAAGCGGCACUUCCACGCCUACUGUUACAUCUUCAACCCGAUUCUUGGCUAGGCAAAGGUUCAUUGCGCAGAAAAAGAUGGCUUUCACGGACAGCGCUGCUCUCAACCAGAUUUUCAUGAUCAAGUCAUAGAAAAGAAUUGAUGUGGUCGGUUGGGAAGCCUUCUUAUGCUGCGUAUUAGUUUCUUUUGUUCCACACCUCAUCAUCGAUUUAGCGUUGCUUUUGACCCCAAUUCUUCACACACAUCAUAGCAGCUUGUCUUGUCUAAUGCAAUUGAGUUGAAGAUACCAUUGUCAUGACUCGACCAGAACCGCCAGUUCCUUCGCCCGUCAUCCUGAACCGUGAUCCCUCUGCGCAAUAUAUGUUGAUAUAUAUCGCGGCUCCUUGACACGUGACUACGGUGCCGUUCACCGCACUUCCAUUCUCGAAGUACCUCGGCUGUCGUGGCAUUCGAGUUGAGACCGAACUGCUCGUCGACGCCCGGCAGGAUGCUUGGGGAUACGAAGGCGGGUCGAUUGUGCCCAUAACAUCAGACCAAAUGAUGAAUCUACUUCCUGGUAUGAUACUUGCGCGAUCUUCUC